GUCCAACUAUUGAUUGCAAGACUGGCGAUCCUUUUUGCUGGAGAACUUCCUCUACUCACCAGUGGCUUUAACGAUGGAUCAAUCCUCAAAACUCAGUGAUUCUAAAGAAAAAGAUCGGAUCAGCAAUUUGCCAGACGAAAUUCUUUCUCAUAUAUUGUGUUUUAUGCCCACGAAAUAUGCUGCCCGAACCAGCUUAUUAUCUACCAGAUGGAAAUCCAUUUGGACUUCAGUCCACAUUAUUGACUUAUACAGUAACGAGCAAAGUUCUGGCUUCAUUGAUUUUGUAGACAGACUUCUGCUUCUCCGCAAUUCCCCGAAUUUAAAUAAGUUUCGCCUUCAAUGUCGAUUUGGGUACUAUAAUCCGUAUCGUCUUAAUUCAUGGAUUUGUACCGUAAUCAAGCUUAAUGUGAAAGAGCUUGUUCUUAAUUUCGAAAUUGAUCAGCUUGUUGUUGAGUUGCCUCGAAGCCUAUUUACCUCUGUCAAUCUUGUGGUUUUGAAGUUAGCUGGUGAUGUCUUUUUUCGGUUUCCUAUGCCAGUUUUUUUUGCCAAGUCUCAUGGUCCUCCAUCUUCAUUCAUUGACGUUUCUGGAUGAUGAUUCUUUCCAAAACAUCCUCUCUGGCUGCCCAGUCCUUGAAGAAUUGGACAUACAGAGGACUAAUCAGGGCGAUAACAUAAAGACAUUAUGCAUUUGCUCAUCUACCCUGAAGAAAUUAUGUAUGUAUAACAGCUUCUGUGUAACACGUCUCCAACCUAGUGUCGUGAUUAAAGCCCCAGUUCUCGAAAUCUUUCAGCUUAAUGAUUUUGUGUCCAGUGUUUUUAAUGUGGAUGAACUCCCCUCCUUAGUUAAAGCAAAUUUUACAUUUUAUUUUGAGAAUCGUAGAAGUGAGGAUUACUAAAAUGGUGUAGUUGGGAUGCUUGGAAAGAUUUCUAAUGUGCAGCAUUUGGAAUUAAGCAAUGGCAUCCCCAAGGUGAUUAGCAGUUUAAUGUUAUUAUGGUCAUAAGUUUAUUAAUACUCUUUUAAGUUGAGUUUAAAUUCUCACUUAAAAAAAUAAUAAUAAUAAAAUCUUUUUCAGGUUGUCACUGAAGCUUUUGACUACAAUACACUGUUGUUUCAUAAUUUGACCCAUUUGCGCUUGCAAAUUUGCGAUAUUCAUUGGUCAAUUUUGCUUGACUUGCUUGGCCACAUGCCUAAUUUGAAAGUUUUA